AGAAACCAUUGGAGUUGAUAAAGAGUAUACUGCUGUUUAGUAGCAUCAUUACUGAUUGCUCAUUUGCAGGUACCAUCAAAAUUAUAACCAGUCCAUUUCCGUAUCCUCAAGACAUGUUUGCAGAAAUAGCAUUGCCCUUGGCAGUGGGACUUUUGGGGUGGGCUUAUCAGGUCAUAAAGCCGCCUCCUUCAAAGAUAUGCGGGUCACCAGGUGGCCCCGCUGUUACUUCACCAAGAGUAAAACUGAGUGAUGGGAGGCAUUUGGCUUAUCGGGAAGCAGGGGUUGCCAAAGAGGAGGCUAAAUACAAAAUCAUCAUCGUUCAUGGCUUUGACAGCUCCAAAGAUAUCGGUUUGCCCGUCCCUCAAGAGCUUAUAGAGGAGCUGAAGAUAUAUUUCCUGUUCUUCGACCGACCAGGUUAUGGUGAGAGUGAUCCAGAUCCAUCACGUUCAGUGAAGAGUGAAGCAAAUGAUAUUCAAGAACUAGCAGACAAUUUGGAGAUUGGGUCUAGGUUCUAUGUAAUUGGUAUCUCAAUGGGAGCUUAUCCUGUUUAUGGAUGCCUAAAAUACAUACCACAUAGGUUAUUAGGAGCAUCCCUGGUGGUUCCAUUUGUGCAUUACUGGUGGCCCUGUCUUCCUUCCAAUUUAGCAAAAGAAGCCUUCAAAAAGCUGCCUGGGUGGCACCAAAUGACAUUUCGGAUUGCUCAUCACUUUCCUUGGUUAAUUAACUGGUGGAUGUCUCAGAAAUGGAGCAUGAUGAGUAGUAAUGUGUUACCUUUUAGUCCCCGAGAUUUUGAUAUCUUGAAGAAGAUGUCAGAAUACCCUGUCAUCGGUCAGGAAAAGAUUAGACAGCAAGGUGUUUACGAGUGUCUAUAUCGAGACACAAUAGCAGGCUAUGCCAAAUGGGAAUUCGAUCCCAUGGAUCUUGAUAACCCUUUUCCUCACAAUGAGGGGUCAGUCCACAUCUGGCAAGGUUUUGAGGAUAGAAUGAUUCCAUUUGAAAUAAAUCGUGAUAUCUCGGAGAAGGUUCCAUGGAUACAGUAUCAUGAGGUUGCCGGCGCUGGACAUUUGCUCGUCUUCGAGACCAAAAACUGCGAAGCCAUUCUGAAAGCACUUUUGCUCAGAUAAGCCCCUCCUCUUCUGGGUUCAAUGAUGCAUGCUCCUGAACUUUGCUAUAAGAGAACCGUUGUCUUGAUGCUAAAUAUUCCUGUUGUGUUGGUCUCAGGGAGAGGAACUUUCUUUAGGUUACAUUAUGUAAAUAAAAUGUUCCUGAAUACUUGAUCUUAAUUAGCUAAGAAUUUGAAAUAAAAUGUUUACCUAUUUUAAUAUAAUACAAGCUGAUCUACCUGUUCAUUCACUUGAA